AUGUAUACAGAUAUCGAUACAGAUAAUAAUGAUAGCUUUUUCUCAUGUUCGUCUUCUUCUAACAGCUUUUUAAGCCUGGACUCUGAGCCUUCCGUAGAUCUUAACCUGCAUGAUCGUAUUUCAACCCUUUUCUCUCAAUAUCCUGACAAUCUUAAUAUAGCUCACAUAAACGCACAAAGUAUUCCUUGCCAUUAUUCUGACCUUCUCGCAUCCUUUGACAGUACUCAUCUAGUUGCUCUUCUAAUUUCUGAGUCUUUUCUCAAGCCUUCCCUCCCUUCUAUCCAAUAUUCAUUACCUGGUUUCGUUCUUAUUCGUAACGAUAGGGUAGGCAAAGGUGGUGGAGGUGUUGCUAUCUAUUUACGUUCGGAAAUACCUUACAGGGUUAUUAGCGUAUCUCCAUCAACUUACUCGGAAUCUGCGGAACAUUUGUUCCUUGAAAUCACACUUUAUCAUACAAAAGUUUUCCUUGGAGUAUUGUAUAGUCCUAACCUUAAUAUCAAUUACUUUGAUACAUUAGAUACACUUCUUAAUAAUUUCUGUCCUGUAUAUAGCCAUGUAAUUUUGAUUGGGGAUUUCAACACAUGUAUAAUUAAAAAUGAUUUACGUACUUAUAAAUUGAAAUCUCUCAUGUCAUCUUAUAACCUAGAAAUCUUGCCUCUAUCUGCCACCCAUCACUUUCCCAAUUGUACUGCAUCUUUUCUAGAUCUGAUUAUUGUGUCGUCUUUAAAUAGUGUUGCUAACCACGGACAAAUAUGUGCCUCAUUUUCAUAUCACGAUCUCAUUUACUUAUCUUACCGUGUACGUCCCCCUAAGCGCAAGCCACAUUUUCGAUAUCUUAGAAGUUAUAAUGGUAUUAACUUGGAGACGUUGAGGAGCGAUGCUAGUUUAAUUGACUGGUCACCGGUUAUUGAAUGUUAUAACAUUGAGGACAAAGUGAUUAACUUCAAUUCUCUAAUUUUAGAUUUAUAUAAUCACCAUACACCAGUAAAACGUGUGAAAAUAAGGCACAACCCUGCACCGUGGAUCACAGCUGAUAUAAAAGACCUGAUGGCACGUAGAGAUAAAGCUAAAAGAAGGUAUAAGCGAUAUCCCCUUGAACGCAAUUUAAUCAGCUUUAAAAUACUACGAAAUCGCUGCAAUCGUUUGUGUAGAGAUGCUAAAAGGCGCUAUUUUCAUGAUACCCUCACAAGUUGCGAUACUGCAAAAGCAUGGAAUUUUCUGAGAUCUGUCGGUGUUGGAAAAUAUUCUGCUAGUGUGGGAAGUGAAAUUAACUUGGAUAGUCUCAACGAACAUUUUGCCAACCCUCCUGUAAUAGUUUCAUCAUUUACCAAAGCCAGAACCCUACUUGAAUUAUCCAAAUGCCCAAUACGUCAUUAUUCCUCAUUUAAUUUCACUUCUCUUACUGAAGAUGAUUCUAUGCGAUCCGUCCUUGCAAUUUCAUCUACUGCUAUGGGAAAUGAUAACAUCUGCUCUAAAAUAAUUACGUUGAUUCUUCCCUUUCUGCUCCCUAUUCUUACUCAUAUCUUUAAUUUCUCUUUAUCUUCUUGUUGCUUUCCGUCGUCAUGGAAGUUAGCUCAUAUUAUUCCUAUACCCAAAGUUUCAAAUCCUUCAUCUGCAACACAUUACCGCCCUAUUUCCAUUUUACCAUUUCUUUCAAAGGUACUUGAACAUAUUGUCCACACACAAUUGACCAAGUUUCUUAACCGUAACAAUAUCUUAAGUACUUUCCAAUCCGGUUUUAGGCCUGGUCACAGUACAACUACUGCUCUCCUCAAGGUAACGGAUGAUAUCCGGUGCGGUAUAGACCAAAAAUAUUUAACGGUACUCGUGCUGCUAGAUUUUAGUAGUGCCUUCAAUUCUAUUGAUUUUGAUAUACUUCUUAGCAUUCUUCAUUCUAUUAAUGUGUCUCCUUCAACUAUUCAAUGGUUUGAUUCCUACCUCCGUGGCCGCUCUCAGUGUAUUCGUAUCAAUGAAACUUUAUCCAAGUGGUGCAAUCUAGCCACGGGUGUACCUCAAGGUGGCGUCCUUUCUCCUUUACUCUUUUCUAUCUUUAUCAACUGUAUCACCCAGGUGAUAUCUUCAAACUUCCAUCUCUAUGCAGACGAUUUGCAGCUGUAUCGUCAUUUUCUAGUGACUGAAGCAAAUUCAGCAUUACUUGAAAUAAAUAACGAUCUAAAUAAAAUCGAUGAGUGGUCUAGCUCAUACGGACUUGUUAUAAACCCUAAAAAAUCACAAGCAAUGAUUAUAGGCACCAGGUUUACUCGUAAAUUACUUGACUUUUCUUCACUGCCAACUCUACAAAUUAAUGGUAUUCCACUAAGCAUUUCAGAAACGCUUAAGAAUCUGGGCAUCAUCAUGGAUUGCAAGUUGACAUGGAAUGCACAUAUCACAGAAAUUAGCAGAAAAAUAUAUUAUACUUUUCAUUCCUUAAAAUGCCUUCAACACUUUCUACCGUUAUCAACGAAGAUUUCUCUUGUCCAAACACUUAUUUUCCCGAUUCUUGACUAUGCUGAUGUCUGUUAUUUGGAUGCGACUGAGGAGCAAUUAAACAAACUUGAGCGCUUGCAAAACUUAUGUAUUCGUUAUAUUUUCGGACUAAAAAAGUAUGACCACGUCUCCUCCUAUCGCAAACAGCUCAAGUGGCUCCCAAUCCGACUUCGCAGGAAUACCCGAAUCCUAUGCCUCCUCUUUAACAUACUAUACAAUCCAACAUCACCACCCUAUCUUCGUGAUCGAUUCCACUUUGCACACUCCCCCGAUGCAGUUUGCAGAUCACAUUUAAAAACCCUCCUCAAUUUCCCUUCCUCUAAAACUAAGUCCUAUUCUCACUCUUUUACAGUACAUGCAGUUAGGUUAUGGAAUUCUCUUCCUGCUGCAAUUCGAGAGGCUCAAUCAGUGUCCGUGUUCAAAAGGCGAGUCAAAGAGCACUAUCUUUCUUUGUCGUCCCAAUGA